AGGGUGGCGCUAAAGAACAUCGCGGUCCUCGGACUGAGCGGCGAAGAAGAAACCGAAGUGACGUCAACGAAGAAGAAGCCAAAGUGACGUCACCGAAGCAAAAAUGGCGGAGCUCCAGCGCAAGAGGAGAAACUACUCCGACGACGGAGGGCCGCAGGAGGAGGGAGGCAGAGUGAAAACUAAGCCUGUCUCUUGUAGCACGCUGGCUGGAGGAGCGAGCACCCUCAAACGCACGUCCCAGCACCUCGCCUCCGAUGAGGAGGACGGACCCCCCGCCGAGACACCCGCACCCCGCAAAGCCUCCAAAAUAGGCUUCGGCUUGAGCAGUCAGGCUGGCAAAAAGUCCAAUCCCAUAUCCAUCAAGCUUGGAGCAAAUAAACCUAAAGAACCUGCUCCAACAGUUCCUGCAAAGAAACCUGGCAUGUCCUCAGUUUUCAAUGAGGAUGAUGAUAGUGAACCUGAAGAGAUGCCACCAGAAGCCAAGAUGAGGAUGAGGAACGUCGGCAGGGAGACGCCAACAUCGGCAGGACCCAACUCCUUCAACAAGGGCAAGCAAGGCUUCUCUGAUCACCAGAAACUUUGGGAGAAGAAGCUGAAAGCCCAAGCAGACAAGUUGUAAGCAAUUGUGCAACCUCACCUGAGAUAUCAGUAGUCAUGUUUUCUUCAACCUCACCUGAGAUAUCAAUAAUUAUAUUUUGUUCAACCUCACCUGAGAUAUCUACAGUCAUAUAUUGUUCAACCUCACCUGAGAUAUCUAUAAUCAUAUAUUGUUGAACCACACGUGAGCUAUGUGUAGAAGUAAUGUGUAUUGAUGUCUACACGACAUAUGUAAUAUCCAUGGCAAGCAGCUCCUCCACAGGUGAGGCUGCUCAGGUGUCCUCCCCUGCUCGCUUCUCUCAUGUUUGUGUAAAAAUGUACAUAGCAGUGUUUUUAUUCCAGCAUUUCUUGUCUUCUGCUGUGUACCACCACUUUGCUCCUGUCGCUAUCUUUCUACUCCACACCUUUUCAUUACUUUCUACUCCACACCUUUUCAUUACUUUCUACUCCACACCUUUUCAUUACUUUCUACUCCACACCUUUUCAUUACUUUCUACUCCACACCUUUUGAUUACUUUCUACUCCACACCUUGUUUACUUUCUACUCCACACCUUUUCAUUACUUUCUACUCCACACCUUUUCAUUACUUUCUACUCCACACCUUUUGAUUACUUUCUACUCCACACCUUUUCAUUACUUUCUACUCCACACCUUUUGAUUAGUUUCUACUCCACACCUUUUGAUUACUUUCUACUCCACACCUUUUGAUUACUUUCUACUCCACACCUUUUGAUUACUUUCUACUCCACACCUUUUGAUUACUUUCUACUUCACACCUUUUGAUUACUUUCUACUCCACACCUUUUGAUUACUUUCUACUCCACACCUUGUGUUUACUUUCUACUCCACACCUUUUGAUUACUUUCUACUCCACACCUUUUGAUUACUUUCUACUCCACACCUUUUGAUUACUUUCUACUCCACACCUUUUCAUUACUUUCUACUCCACACCUUUUGAUUAGUUUCUACUCCACACCUUUUCAUUACUUUCUACUCCACACCUUUUGAUUAGUUUCUACUCCACACCUUUUGAUUACUUUCUACUCCACACCUUUUCAUUACUUUCUACUCCACACCUUUUGAUUACUUUCUACUCCACACCUUUUGAUUACUUUCUACUCCACACCUUUUGAUUACUUUCUACUCCACACCUUUUCAUUACUUUCUACUCCACACCUUUUGAUUACUUUCUACUCCACACCUUUUGAUUACUUUCUACUCCACACCUUUUGAUUACUUUCUACUCCACACCUUUUGAUUAGUUUCUACUCCACACCUUUUGAUUACUUUCUACUCCACACCUUUUGAUUGGUUUCUACUCCACACCUUUUGAUUACUUUCUACUCCACACCUUUUGAUUAGUUUCUACUCCACACCUUUUGAUUACUUUCUACUCCGCACCUUUUGAUUACUUUCUACUCCACACCUUUUGAUUAGUUUGUGCUUCCUGGUGGAAAUGAAAGCUUCAUGUGACCUGAAUAAGACAAGAUGUCCUCUCCCCUGCUAGUGAACUCUUUGAUAAUAAAACAAAUCUUGUCUGUCUUUCAAACAUUAUGUUGCAAUUCAGUCCAAUAAACAUUUU